AGGUAACCGGAGCAGACGAACCGAGGCGGUGACGUCAUCAAGUAUGCUGGUGUUCGGACUGCACGAGUUCUCCCGUUCUACCGAGUCCGUACUUGGUGUUGAACAGCACCAUUAGAUGCGGAGCCACACAUUCUGCGUCACUGAUGAAAGUGAAAGGGAACGUUAGUCAGAACGAAGGGAGAACUGCAGUCUAGAAUAAUCUCUGCGUUUGUGUCCGAACUCAAUUCAACUGUUGUUCCUCAACAAGCGACUCAGAUUCUGUAAAACACAGCAAAAGAAUGGAGAAGAACACACACUCUGCUGGACAUGGACCUGGACCUGGGCCUGGAUCUGGAUCUGGAUCUGGAUCUGGGUCCAGCUGUGUGUCCAUGAAAAGUGACCAGUCAAAGGAAUAUCCUCCUCAAUUCAGACAAUCUGCAGAUGGAAGGAUCCAGCAGCAGAGACCAAAACCCAGCAGGCUGUCCUGCAAGAGCAAGCAGUUGAAGGAUGACAUCAUGACCUUUAAAGAGGUCCAUCCAUCUGCUGAUCAGAUAGUGGACCAGCAGAACUCAGAGGUUCCCAGAGCCCAGUCUGACCAGCAGCAUCACCUGGACUCCAUAUUCAUGCUGCUGGAGGACAACAUGGUGACUUUUGUGAAGAAGGAGUUGAAAAAGAUGCAGAAGGUUGUGAGUCCAGAUUACCCAGAAUGCUCAGAGAGUCAGAGGGAGGAUGAGUAUGAGUUGGAGGGGGAUGAUGAAGAUAAGAGGAACAGCAGAGAGAUGUUUCAGCAGAUCACAGUGUUCUUCCUGAGGAAGAUGAAGCAGGAGAAGCUGGCUGACUGUCUGCAGAGCAAACUUGCUGCUGCAGUUUGUAAACGUAAAGUUAAAUGUGGCCUGAAGAAGAAGUUCCAGCGAGUGUUUGAAGGCAUCGCUAAAGCUGGACAGCCGACCCUCCUGAAUGAGAUCUACACAGAGCUGUACAUCACAGAGGGAGGGACUGCAGAGGUCAAUGAUGAACAUGAGGUGAGACAGAUUGAAGCAGUAUCCAGGAAAGCAGACAGAGCAGAAACAAGCAUCAGACCAGAAGACAUUUUUAAAGGCUCACCUGGAAGAGAUGGACCAAUCAGAACAGUGAUGACAAAGGGAGUGGCUGGCAUCGGGAAAACAGUGUUAACACAGAAGUUGACUCUGGACUGGGCUGAAGAUAAAACCAACCAGGACAUCCAGCUCAUGUUUCCAUUCACUUUCAGAGAGCUGAAUGUGCUGAAAGAGAGAAAGUUCAGCUUGGUGGAACUUGUUCAUCACUUCUUCAGUGAAACCAAAGCAGCAGGAAUCUGCAGGUUUGAAGACUUCCAGGUUGUGUUGAUCUUUGACGGUCUGGAUGAAUGUCGCCUUCCUCUGGACUUCCACAACAAUGAGGUCCUGACUGAUGUCACAGAGUCCACCUCAGUGGAUGUGCUGCUGACAAACCUGAUCAGGGGGAAGCUGCUUCCCUCUGCUCGCCUCUGGAUAACCACACGACCUGCAGCAGCCAAUCAGAUCCCUCCUGACUGUGUGGACAUGGUGACGGAGGUCAGAGGGUUCACCGACCCACAGAAGGAGGAGUACUUCAGGAAGAGAUCCAGAGAUGAGGAGCAGGCCAGCAGCAUCAUCUCCCACAUGAAGACAUCACGAAGCCUCCACAUCAUGUGCCACAUCCCAGUGUUCUGCUGGAUCACUGCUACAGUUCUGGAGAAGCUGCUGAGAACCAGAGAGGGAGGAGAUCUGCCCAGAACCCUGACUGAGAUGUACAUCCACCACCUGGUGGUUCAGGUCAAAGUCAAGAAGGUCAAGUAUGAUGGAGGAGCUGAGACAGAUAAACACUGGAGUGCAGACAGCAGGAGGAUGAUUGAGUCUCUGGGAAAACUGGCUUUUGAGCAGCUGCAGAAAGGAAACCUGAUCUUCUAUGAGUCCGACCUGACAGAGUGUGGCAUUGAUAUAAGAGCAGCGUCAGUGUACUCAGGAGUGUUCACACAGAUCUUUAGAGAGGAAAGAGGGCUGUACCAAGACAAGGUGUUCUGCUUCGUCCAUCUGAGCGUUCAGGAGUUUCUGGCUGCAGUCUACAUGUUCCACUGUUACACCAGCAGGAACCAGAAGGUUCUGGAGGACUUCCUGGGAAAAGACUGGAAAGACAAGAACAGGGACACUCUGGAUGUGUUCCUGAGCAGAGUCAUGGAGAAAUCCCUCAGAAGUGAAAAUGGUCACCUGGACCUGUUUGUUCGCUUCCUUCAUGGCCUCUGUCUAGAGUCCAACCAGAGACUCUUAGGAGGCCUGCUGGGUCGGACAGAGAACCGUCCAGAAAUGAUCCAGAGAGUCAUCAACAACCUGAAGGAGAUGAAGAGUGAUGAAAUGUCUCCAGACAGAAGCAUCAACAUCUUCCACUGUCUGAUGGAGAUGAAUGAUCUGUCAGUACAUCAGGAGAUCCAAGAGUUCCUGCAGUCAGAGAACCGAUCAGAGACGUUCCUCUCUGAGAUCCACUGCUCAGCUCUGGCCUACAUGCUGCAGAUGUCAGAGGAGGUUCUGGAUGAGUUGGACCUGAACAAGUACAGAACAUCAUGGGAGGGAAAACGGAGGCUGAUUCCAGCUGUGAGGAACUGCAGAAAGGCUCGACUUUGUAAAUGUGGACUCUCAGCGAGUCACUGUGAAGUCGUGGCCUCAGCUCUGAAGUCUAACCCGUCCCAUCUGACAGAACUUAACCUGAGUGAGAACAAGCUGCUGCAGGAUUCAGGAGUGAAGCAUCUUUCUGCUGGACUGCAGAGUCCAAACUGUAAACUUGAGACUCUCAGAUUGGAGAACUGCAAGUUGUCAGAGAUCAGCUGUGAUUCUCUGGUCUCAGCUCUGAAGUCCAACCCCUCCCAUCUGGAACAUCUGGACCUUAGUGGAAACAAGCUGCAGGAUUCAGGAGUGAAACAUCUGUGUCGCUUUUUGGAGAGUCCAGACUGCAUCCUGCAGACUCUGAGAUUGGAGCGCUGCAGGUUGUCAGAGAUCAGCUGUGAUUCUCUGGUCUCAGCUCUGAAGUCCAACCCCUCCCAUCUGGAACAUCUGGACCUGAGCAGGAAUGACUUGGAGGAUUCAGGAGUGAAACAUCUAUGUGGUUUUCUGGAGAGUCCAGACUGCAGCCUGCAGACUCUGAGAUUGGAGCGCUGCAGUUUAUCAGAGAUCAGCUGUGAUUCUCUGGUCUCAGCUCUGAAGUCCAACCCCUCCCAUCUGGUACAUCUGGACCUGAGCUGGAACAACCUGCAGCGUUCAUCAGUGAAACAUCUGUUAGAUCUUGUGGAGAGUCCAGACUGCAGCCUGCAGACUCUGAGAUGGGAGUAAUGCUGAUCAGGACGGUGUCUGUGCUGAGAGGAUGAAGUGUGUCCUGAUGAUCCAGAGGUUGAAGCAGCAGCAGCAGCAGCUGGUGUGUCGAGACUCUGACUGGACCAUGACACUGGGAACCUGUGUAAAGUGUGUUGUUAUCGCUGCUUGAGGUCUUUUGCCAGGUCAUCAUUGUAAAUGAGAAAUUGUUCUCAACUGAUCUUACCUGGUAAAAUAAAUAAUUUAAAAAAAGUUAAGCAUUGUAGCUCCACACUGUGAAUGAUGAAGAACUGCAGUUAAUGUUGACAUGAUAUGUUGGAGGUUGAUGUCAGGUUGCAGAAUGUGCAGUAAGUUUCAGGAUAUUUGUCAGUGCAGGAUUAUAUGUACGGCGCAUUGGAACCUAUUGGAAUGCAUGAAAUUAUGUUUCCGCAUGUUGUCGGACUCCAACGAUGAACAUUGUCACUGUCUUUCCGGCCACUUCUCCUCCCCCUUCCAUUAGGUUUUAGUCUGUUUAUAUCAUGUGGAGAGUUUAAAACUCAGUGACCAUCCUGUUUCUGUGUGAAAGCAGCAAACACCUCUAACAACCAUACAUUCACCAUUACUGCAACUAAACCAAGCAUAUCACUGAGAACUUGAUAAAAAAAAAACAAUCAGAGCUCUCAGCUCUCUUCUGUCCACAGCAGGUUUGUACUCAUCUCCCAGUAAAACAUCCAUCAAUUGAAAUGAAGCGACGCUGCUUACUACAUCAGUGUGUUCAGAGUGCUGCCACACUUUCAUCACUUCACUGUCAAAGUAUGCAGUGUGACUGGUUGGAUGGUGUUUCACAGGAUCUGGUGUUUUUCUGAGCACAAACUUCCUCGUGGCUCCCAGAAAAACAUUAAUUUAUUCUCACCCAGACUUCACUUUCUCCUCUUCUACUGUGUCAAAAAAAAAAAACAAUAAAAAAACUGUCAACAUAGUCUGU